UUGGGAGUCACCUUCAGUCGAAGUUCAAACGCGCACCUUCAAUCAUAGAGCGUAAGCAUUACGCAGCACAUUUGGCGAUAUUUGCUUUUUUUUCGCUCUUCGCAUUCUUCACAUUACAAAGCGUUGAAAAUGGGUGAAACCGCUCCGGAAGUCAAACCAGCCUCACCGCCAGAAUGGGUUACCAGUGCCUAUUUGGAGACGAUUUUGCGCAAAUUCGAAGGGGACAAAGAUUUGCACGUCACCGGCAUGGAGAGCACACCGGUUGGUAAACCGGGCGAAUAUUUGGCCAGCCAGCUGUUUCGUGUCACCGUCCAUUACCGUGGAACCAAGCGGAACGAAACGGAUGGUGGGGAGGGUAGUGCUAAAAAAUUGGUGAUCAAAAUUCAACCCGACAAGGGUGUUAUGGCCGACACGAUGGAUGGUACAUUGUUUAAAACGGAACUGAAAAUGUACGGUGAAAUUCUACCCAAGAUGGAACGCCUGCUGGCUGACAAUGAACGUCCAGUGCCGCUACCAAAAUGUGUUCAUGUCAGUGCAACGCCCCAACCCAUCAUCGUUCUGGAGGAUCUUGCACCGGACGGUUGGAAGGGACACGAUCUGAUCGAAAGCUUCGAAGAGGUGAAACCAAUCACGAUCGCUAUCGCACGCUUUCAUGCGGCUUCAUUCUAUCUCAGCAAAAACAAGACAGAUUUUGAAGAGUUCCAAACCGACCUGUUCAAAAACAAGCAUCCCGUGCUUGAAUGGAUGUUUGGCAACAAUCUAAAAGCCUUCAUUGAGUCCCUGCGUACCUGGUCCGGGUGCGAACGGUUUGUGGAGCCGUUCGAGCGUGCCUACGCUGACUAUUGCGAUCGGCUGCACGAUAUCUACUGCUGCAAAACACCCGGCCGGCUGUACAAUGUACUGAACCAUGGCGAUUUUCAUGCUAAAAAUCUGCUGCACCAGUUCAACGACGAGGGCGGUAUUGCCGAGUCACGGUUUCUCGACUUUCAGGCCUGCUGUUGGUCUACGCCCGCGAUCGACCUGUACUACCUGCUGAACAAUAUCGUACACUACAAGGUGAAGGCGGCCCACAAGGAGGAGAUCAUUUCCUUCUAUCAUGCCGAGUUUACUACCGCACUGAAAGCGAUCGGGUACCUGGGCUACAUCCCGACGAUGCUCGAUCUGCAGAUUGAGCUGCUGCGGAACGGGUUCCUUGAUAUUUUGCACUACACCUGCUUCCUACAGUUUCGCUUUUUCGACUUCACCAAAUAUCCCCCGGAAAUGCUUGCCAGCGGGCAGGUGGGUAAUCUGGGGCUGGAGAGUGAGGAGUACCAAACGCUGAUGAAAUCAUUAAUUCCUGGCUAUGUGUACAAAGGACUUUUGGAGUACUUCGUGUUUCGUACAAAACAGCUUCACAGAACAAUCGAACAUAAAACACGCCACUUCGAGGGCCAUGUAUCAGCUGAAUGCAAUAAAGGUUAUCUUGGGACAUAUUUUACCGUACACCUGAAUUGUACACCUUAUACGUUAUAUACUGUUUGGGGCCGUUUGGGGGAUGAUAAGAUACCCGCAAAACGUACACAAUAUCCGGUAUUGGAGAUAAAUAGAAACCCUCGCGAGUUUGAAGCGGAACUUUCCCUUUCGUGUUGCUUUAACUUUUCGUUUGACGUUGGGGCGUACAGUCUGCUUAAGAUACUCGCCCGUGACAGGAUGCAUUUAGCCAACAAGGAUCCAACGACCUGGCUUACCGGUCAGCUUUUCCAGAAGGCGCUGACCCAAUACACCACCGAUCGCGGGUUGGAGGUGGAAGACGUUCAUCUGGCAGUGCAUGGUAACGCUGCCCAGCAGUACGCCAGCACGAUCUAUCGGGCGUGCGUGAGCUAUCGUAGCCGUGGGAAAACGGAAUCGAUCAAACUGAUCGUGAAACUGGUCGCUUCGAAAGUAAACAGCCUAGCGGACGAGCUAACGUUCGACACUGAGCUGAAGGUGUACCGGGACUAUCUGUCGAAGAUGGAAACAAUGCUGGGCGAUGAUGCUAAGGCGUGCAAGUUUGGUCCAAAGCUAAUCUACUCCGCCGACGAUCCAGUGCCGCAUCUGAUUUUGGAGGACUUGGCGAGCCAGCAGUUCGUGCACAGCUGCAAGCUGCUCGAUGUGGACGAUGCAAAUAUUGUGUUAAUUAAAUUGGCCCAAUUCCACGCGACAUCAUACAGUUUAACCAACACUAGUGCGGCCAAUUCUCUGGACGCAUUAAACAACGGGUUGUUUAAACAGAAACCCUCGGAAGGUGUAAAGUUUAUGUUGGAAAACUUUACGCUCUUCGCGGAGGUGCUAUCGCAAUGGGAUGGAUACGAGAAGUAUGCGGAACGUUUGAAGAGCAUUCAACCAACGUUUAUGGAGCGUGGUGCAGCAAUAUACAGGGGCCGUGGGUUCGGAUUCCAUGUCCUCAACCACGGCGAUUUUCAUUAUAAUAAUAUGCUGUUCAAGCUGGACCAAGAUCGUCGAGUGGAAGAUACAGUAUUCUACGACUUCCAGCUCAGCUGUUGGACCACGCCGGCAGUGGAUCUUCUUUACUUUCUCUACUUCAUCUGCAACCGUAAGACGCGUGACUCCCAGCGACAUGCCCUGAUACAGCUAUAUCAUCAGGAGUUUACGCGUACCCUGGACACGGUCGGAUACAUGGGAAAAGUUCCAACGCUGCUGGAUAUAAAUUGCGACCUGCAGCGCGCUGGAUUCCUGGAGGUUGUUCUGGCGAUCUGUUUUGUACCGUUUCUGUUUGCCGAUUACAACCAAACCCUCAAUGUGUAUGGUAACGAGGAGGAGGCCCGUGCGUAUCGUCGCGCACUCUACAAUGGUUCUCAGUUUAAGGAAGUUAUUCUUCCCCUUCUACCCUACUUUCUAUACAAAGGUUACUUAGAUUACCCAAUCGCGAUCAUCUUCAGUCCAGAUAACCUUUCCGAUCGUAAAAGUUUAACAGAUACUCCAUGCGAUCCUGGAAGCACCACCACCACCACCACCACCCAUCGCGACGAUGCGUUGCUGAUUCUGCGCAGCACGCGAUCAGUUGUAAACCGACGGCCAAACAUAACGGUCGCUAGCAACGGCGAACGCGCGCGCACAUACCCGAGUGGACUGAGCAACUUCGCGCGCAAUCAAAACUCGCUAAGUGAUACAACGAUUCGGGAUCGGAACCGGCGCCUCACGAUGGCAUUCAACAAGGAUGAGAUGAACGCACCGAGCUGGAUGAACCGAAGCUUCUUCGAGAAGGUGUUGCGCCAUGCGGAGCGCAACAGUGCGCUAACGGUGGACGAAUUCCGCAUCCUGCCCGGCACCAAGCCGGGCGAUCACUUUGCGAGCGUGAUCUUUCGCGCGAUCGUACGCCACAGCGGAUCGGCGGACGAGGUGUCACUGAUCGUGAAGACGCUGCCCUCCGAGGAGGGCCUGAAGAAGGACAUCCUCAAGGAUGGGUACGUGUUCGAGACGGAGACGCUGAUGUAUACCGUCAUUGUGCCGGCGAUGCAGCGGCUGCUGCAGUCCGUCGGCGAUCACACCGUGCUGGGUGCGAGACUUCUUUAUCAUGAAAAGCUUCCCACCUGGGUCAUGGUAUUUGAAGAUAUCACCAAGCAAGGGUACGAGAUGAAGGUGAAGCAGUUGGAUUUGGAGGAAUCCAAGGUGGUCUUUGCCAAAGUGGCCCGUUGGCACGCGGCCUCCAUGCACCUUGUCGACACGUUGCCGGAAAUGAAAAAUCUUAACAAAGGCGUCUACAAUUUGUUCGAAGAAAAUCAUCAAUUUUUGCAAAUGUGGCAAAGCUGCAUCGCGAUGCUGGCAGGGAUAGUGAAGGAAAUGCCCGGACUGGAGCAAUAUUCGGAAAGAAUCGCCAGCAUAAAGGAGACCAUUUUCAAGCGUGCAUCCGCGAUCUACAACUACGACCCAUCGUCCUACGUGCACGUGCUGAAUCACGGUGAUUGUCACUUCAAAAACAUGAUGUUCAAGCGAACGGAAGGGAAGCUGGACGAUAUUAUGCUGCUCGACUUCCAGCUCAGUCUGUGGGGAACGCCAGCGGUCGAUCUUAUCUACGCGAUGUACAACUCCGUAUCGAUCGACACCCGCGAGGCGCACCGUGACGAAUUGAUCAGUUUUUACCACGAGGAGCUUACCGCGUGCCUGACCAAGUUUGGCUAUCUGCGCAAACUGCCCACCCUGUUGGAGAUACAUUUGGAGAUGCUCAAGUGUGGUCAUUUGGAGUUCCUGCUCGCAGCCACCUUUGUGCCAUUCAUGUGCGUAGAUGCGACCGAAAUCAUGGACAUACCGGAGAACGGUGAAGGAUUCGAGAUGGAUUUUGCCGAAAUCGACAAGAUGAUGGAAAGUUUCAAGAAGUGCUUCCUGCACCCAGUGUACGUUGAAUUCAUUACGAAGAACCUUCCCAAGUUCGCUCACAAAGGUCUGAUAGAUCUGGAGUGACGUUGGGAAGCGAUGUGUUGCAGAGCUUGCGAGUAUUUAAGGGUUAAGUGCAAUUCACCCACCGCAGGAUAGUGAAAAGGAAGCGCACGCCCUAGUCGUACGGGCACAUUCGGUGGUAUUAAGCAAUAAAGUCCAAGGAUGAAGAGAGCCGUCCCACUAUAGA